CUCCAGGCCAUUUGGGUUCAAGCUUGCUCCAGGCGAUACACUUGCAGCACUGCCCCGCGUGCUUGGCACCGCUCUGCUAGGCAAGGUUGCACGAUGUCCCUGACCUUUGUCGGUGCCGCCUCCCCCGCUUCGGCGGGCCUCCAGGUCAGCCAGCGCGCGCCGACCACCGCGCCGCCGGCGCUGAGGGCCACUGCGGCGCAGAAAGGCGCGGCCAACGGCGGCAGCCUGGGCGCUGCCCUCCCGGUGGGCGCGGCGGCCGCACUCGCGAUCGCCGCGCGCCGGCCGGCGCGCGCGGCGCGGCGCGCCGCCGAGGCGCCGCCGGCGCCGCCACCGUUCGACCCAGCGACGCAGCUGGGCGCCAUGGCCCCCCUGGGCUUCUUCGACCCGGCCGGGUUCAGCAAGGUGGGCGACGAGGAGGGCUUCCGCAACCUGCGCACCGCGGAGCUCAAGCACGGGCGCGUGGCCAUGAUGGCGGCUCUGGGGUUCGUGGCGCAGCAGUACAUCCAGUUCCCGGGCUUCGAGUCGGUGCCUGCGGGCGUGGGCGCCGUGACGACGGCGCCGGGCACGUACGGUUUCGUGGCGCUGUUUCUGUUCUCUGGCGCCAUGGAGCUCGCGGUGUGGACGCAGGACCCGAAGAAGGAGGUGGGCAACUUCGGCGACCCCCUGGGCCUGUCCAACAUCUUCGGCUACGACGAGGACAUGCGCCACAAGGAGCUUAACAACGGUCGCUUCGCAAUGUUCGCGGCCAUCGGCAUCCUGUCUGCGGAGCUGUUGACUGGCAAGGUGGGCCUGAGCCAGUUCUGAACUGAGAUCAGCCGAGCCGGUGGUGGGGUGCUGGUAAGCCUCCACAACGACAAAAGGCAGUAUUGCAUCGCCUUGUUUUCUUUUCUCCGGCAUUAUCACCCCGGGAAUUUUCGUCUGAGUGGCGAGUUUUCUCGCCCUGCGCCCUCGAUGCCAUCACUUAGGGAUGGAGAUUGCGCAGCAGGGACACCUCUGCUUCAACGACUUCGGCGCAGGCAGAAGUGCUUCGAGAAUUGUGGAGGAUCAACACAUGUUAGCCAGCGUGGACCCCAAACAAUGAUACCUUGCACUCUAUGCCGUGCAAUCUAGGUGGGGCAACCGAUGUGGUACAACCGAUGUGGUGC